AGGAGUGAGGAGGUGAGAGGGUGUUAGUGUCUGGUGCUCCCGGGUAUUUAGAUUAUAAUUUAAAAAACAAACAUGGGAAGGAAAAGUCCAAGCAAGGAUCAAAGUCCUAUGUCUCAGAACUACAAGAUCGUGGUUGUAGGUGGAGGAGGCGUAGGUAAAUCAGCCAUCACCAUUCAGUUCAUCCAGAGUUACUUCGCCACGGACUAUGACCCCACAAUAGAGGACUCCUACACCAAACAAUGUGUUAUUGAUGACGUGGUGGCCAAGCUGGACAUUCUGGACACUGCUGGUCAAGAGGAAUUCAGUGCCAUGAGGGAGCAGUAUAUGCGAUCCGGCGAGGGAUUUUUGUUGGUGUUUUCUGUCACUGACCGUAAUAGCUUUGAUGAACUCCCCCGCUUUCACAAGCAGAUCCUCAGGGUGAAGGAUCGUGAUGAGUUUCCCAUGCUGAUGGUGGCCAACAAAGCAGAUUUGGAACACCAGAGAGUGAUAAGCACCGAAGAAGCGCACACAGUGGCCCGACAACUAAAGAUCCCAUACAUUGAGUGUUCAGCUAAAAGUCGCACCAACGUGGACCAAUCAUUUUACGAACUGGUGAGAAUAGUACGCAAGUUCCAAGCGGCAGAGCGACCUCCUGCAAAACCUGCUGCAAAGAAGAACAAAAAGAAUUGUGUCAUUGUUUGAAAUUUGAUUGCUUACUUGCCUUCAUGAGUGGUUAGAAGGCACAAAAUUGCUUAUUGAAGCAACAAUAAAAAAUGCUUAAAACAAUCAGUUUCACAAAUCUGAACUGCAAAGUUUCAUUGACUGUAGAUGUUGAUCUUUCUAUCUUGAUGGCUUACAGAGAAAGUGUUCAAUGUCUUUUACCAUGAACAUAAUGCAGUGCAGGGAUUGUGUCCAGCAGAAUCCAUGUUGUUGUGUAAAGAAACAAAUAUAGUUCACUGUUUGAAAUUGGUAUAUUUUAUAAUUAAUUACUUAGGCAACCUGAAGUGUAAUAAUAAUAAUAACAACUGAUAUGUGUAAUUUGUGAAGAUGCACUGAAAUCUUAUCCCAGGCACAGAUACAUACUGUACACAGAACCAGCUACCUUGUGUGGUUGUAUUGUGAUUUAGUCUUACUGCAGUUUAGUUACAGGCAGAAGAAGUUGGUGAUCUCAUGGUGUUGUCAUUACUAGAACUCAACAGUUUUUUUUUUAUUAAAUUUUAUUUAUUUUUGCAGCUAAUACUCAUUUUUUAUAUCAAGAUGUAAGAAUAUUCAUAGAAGGUACAAUCAUGGAAAAAUGUCCUGUCAAUCCUCUGUCCCAUCCAUGAAACCUGAGACUCAUGAGCCUAUGAAUCUGAGACAUUACAUGACCCGGUGCACCAUCUAUGAGCCUAACAAUGUGUGUUGUCUUAGAUUCACAGGUUCUGGAGUCUCAUGGUUCAUGGAUGGAACGGACGACUGACAGCACUUUUUUCCGUGACUGUACGUCAUACUAUUAAUGGUGAACAUAUUAGCUGUGGUCCCAGCUAUAUUGUACCUUGAUUUUAUAUUAAAGGUAAUAUGCAUUUUAAUCACAGUAUAUAUUAAGGCAUUUUGUUAAGUACAAUACUGUACAGUAUGUGUUAAAUUUGAUAGGCUUAAAUUACUUUACAAAAUCCAUACCAGAAAUAUAAAUAAAAAGAAAAUUAAUAAUAUCAUGAUAAACACCCAUUUGAAUUCAUCAUUAAUGCGCUGUACAGUAUAUAAUGUAUGUAAAUGAUGAAUUAGGAAUUUUGAGAUGUUUUUGGGAAAAUGCUGCAUGUGGUGUGGGCACAGUAGUAGGUCAUUCAAAGGUCACAAUAAACAGACUGGCCUUUUGUUUUGAUUUGCUUCUUCGAUUUUUGUAAUAUGUAUUUGUUUUACAUUACCCUUGUACCAGAGGGGAAAUUAUGGUUGUGUGCUCAUUUGUAGAUGACUAUCAGUUUCACCUUAAACCUAUACUGUACUACAAUGUUUACAACUAUAGGGAUUUAUUUUCUGCCAUGCCCUUUUGAAUUCAGGACACAUUAUAUUCAGUAGAGAUAGAUGAGAAGUUUUACCCUUAACAAGCCUUCUGUCCAUGGUAUGAUUGGGCUAAAGAGCUGUUUAAUUUGUUUUAAUAUAGUUUAACAAAACUGUAGUGCUAUAGGGAACAAUAUAAUUUAUAGAAAAGUUACAUUAUAUAUUUUUAUUUCAAAAUAUUAUAUAAUGUCCGAACAAUAUUUUUAAUUACAUAUUUGGUUGUUGAGUAUAUGACUGGGCAAGACACUAAACAAUAUCAUCUGUGCAGGGUUUCCUCUCUAAUCAUUAUGGUAAAUAUUUAAAUAUGGUUUUAAAAUUAUAAAUGUAAUAAAAAAGGCUUGAAACUUAAGCAAUGUUCAGGCAUGUGUUAGGUGGGCUGCUGUGAAAACACUUAAGAGUCACAAUAUAAUGCAUACUUCAACACCCCAUUAAAUUAGAAUAAAUUGUUUUCUUUGGUAUCUUAUGGCCUUUUUAACAUUAUUAUAAUGCCAAACAAGGAUUCAUGAAACUAAACAAGUGACUGUAAGUAAGGACACCCUGUACAGCACUCACACUCAUUGCUACAAAACUAAGUGACAGAAUAUAUAUACUGAAGGGACUGGAAUAUUUAUUACUCGUAUGUCAAAGUAAUUUUUAAAAAAUAUAUAUAUAUUUGAAUUUUCCCCCAUUUUAUCUAGUGUAAAAUUAUUAAUGUUUUCAUUGUAAUAAUGCUUUUCCACAUACUACCAGAAUAGGCUGCUAGGAAAUGGUAAAAUCUCCCACAAAAAUUCUGUUGCCUUUCCUGAACCAUGAACCCCGAGAUUCAGACUCAUGAACCCAAAGCAGUAGUCACCGAUCCAUUAUUUUGUCCAUAAAUACUUCGGAUUCGCGAGUCUGAAUCUCGGGGUUCGAGGUUCAGGACGAGAGGCGACAAGACUUGGGGCGACUGUACACAUUACAUUAAAGCUGCAUCAGUUUCUGAGAGAAAGACUCGUGCUUUAGUGUAAAUAAGCUCCUUUCUACAUACACCACCUGCAACAAGAUCCAUACCACUUUAAUUUGUAAUAAAUCAUACGUACACUGAAAAUAAAAAAUCCCUAGAUAUUAA